GGAAAAGGCCAGUAUCUUCUAAUCAGUUGCAGCUGAUGGAGUUUUUGAAGGGAAUCAUAUCGUUGAUGCUCCUAGGCACAUGCUUAGGAAAAAUAGACAUCCACUCAAGCACAGUGUAUCAUGGACAGCAACCAAAGUUAGCCAUCGAUGGUGACCCUUUUACCUGUGCACAGACAGGUUUUGAGGCCAGGCCAUGGUACAAGAUUACACUUGCCAAGACCCAGAGCAUAUCUAAAAUCAGGGUAACUGGGCAUCAAUUUUACAACUUUGACAUAACAUUGGGGACAAACACAUCUAAGAUGGGAACUGGAUCUCACAUGGAUGGUAUCGUGUUCUGUGAGUCAUACAAUCGUAACAAAACAGCCAUGUUUUCACCUGGUCUCACAGUAACAGAGCAGAACUGUUCUCUGGACAAAACAAAGGGAAGUUUCUCAGUCGUGAAACUUGAAGUGAUUGAAGAUCAACAGACAAGCAGUUUCAAAAUUUGCGAGCUUGAACUAUUCUAAUAGACAUAAGGACCACCUCUGAAGCCUGUACCCAAGG